AUGCCAGCGGAAGAGCAGAAGCAGGUGGCGGCGUCUGUGCUAGAUCAGAAGGCUGACGCUGUUUCGUGGAUGUAUCCUGCAAGCAGCAGCAGCAGCAGCACAAGCACAGGCACGAGUACAAGCACGAAGCGGCAGCAGCAGCUCUGGCGGCGUCGGAGCCAGGAUGAAGCUCUCGGAGGGGACCAGACGAGGGCCUUGGGAGGGACAAGAUCUCAAUGCCCGGGACCAGAGCGUGGGGAAAAGCCAGAGAGCCGGCUGCAGCAGCACAAGUCGAAUGAGGAGGCGGCGGGGCAGCAGAAGGUGCCCAAAGAGAGCAGCGCUGUCGAGCAGGCCGAGCGUCUACAGCGGUUAAGUGGCAAGCGGGCCUUUGGAGAAGGCGGAGCGAGCAAUGGCGGGAGGCUGAUUAAUCGCAAUUCGAAAUCUGAUCAGAUCAGGCCCCGGCUGACCGUGCAAGAGGCCGGUCCUGCGCAGCCCGAAAACUCAGCAGGUGGCGGAUGGAGCCGGCAGAAGCAGCAGCAGCUCGAAAUGUGGUCUCACCAAUCGGGUCAGGCUGCCCUUGUUAGCGAGAGAAUCGAUUCUCUGUACGUGGGUGAUAAUCCUGCCUGCAGUAGCCCCGUCGUCUCCGUACCGGCGACUGUCUCUGGCUACCCCGGCAGAUCUCGUGCUUCUGGCCUCCCUUCGGUGCUGCCGCGGGAAUGCGGGCAAACGAACGAUGAGGCUUGUCUUGUCUACUUCACCGCACCUUUUCGCAGCAGCAGCAGCAGCUUCAGCGGGCUUGAGCAUGCACCGUCAAAUCACGAGGAGGGGCGGGCCAUGCAUGGACGAGGCCCGCCGUUGGCCAGACUCGACCCGGUGGACAAGGCUGCGAGGAGCUAA